AGACGAGAUCUAAAUCCACUCUCCUGCAGCCUCUCGCUUGCCCCACUUGUGCUCAACACCCCUGGCGAAAUUCAGAUAUCCAGGUUGGUACAGGUCACACCACCAGAACAACCAUGUCCGUGCUGAACGCAAUACCUUUCAUGAGGCCCAUCCACUUGCGUUCCCCGCGCCAGCAGAGACGCCACACACUGCCUGCCAGUGAGUUCCGCUGCCUGUCCCCAGAGGAUGCUGUCAGUGUUUUUGAGAUAGAAAGAGAAGCCUUCAUCUCCGUUUCCGGAGAAUGCCCCCUCCAUCUGGAUGAGGUUCGACAAUUUCUGACCUUGUGCCCGGAGCUCUCGCUGGGAUGGUUUGAGGAAGGAAGGCUGGUGGCAUUUAUCAUUGGGUCGAUGUGGAACCAGGACAGACUGAGCCAGGACGCACUCACCUUUCACAAACCGGAGGGUUCGUCCGUCCAUAUCCACGUCCUGGCUGUGCACCGUACGUUCCGCCAGCAAGGCAAGGGCUCCAUCCUCCUGUGGCGUUACCUCCAGUACCUGCGCUGCCUGCCUGUUGCUCGUCGGGCCGUCCUCAUGUGCGAAGACUUCCUGGUCCCCUUCUAUUCCAAGUGUGGCUUCAAGGCUGUUGGACCCUGUGACAUCACAGUGGGACCCAUGACCUUUAUCGAGAUGCAGUACCCAGUUCAAGGUCAUGCCUUCAUGCGCCGAAACAGUGGCUGCUAGCCCACCUCGUCCUCCGAACCCCAUGUCCAAUUACCCCUGGUCAGUAAUGUGCUGCAGAGCAGUGUCUUCCUGGCCCAACUGGUGGCAGAGGGGCACGAGGUACAGUAACAGGAGCAUCUGAAGGUCACUCUUCAGCAUUACAGGCUGGAAAGGGUUAAUAACCUGCACUGCAUGUGCAUACCAAAAUGCUUCUUGUAGCCCUUGUUUGCACCCCAUUCAUUCACCAACGCAUCUGCCCCCUUUUGGCAGACAUGAUGUAAGACCAAUGUAUAAAACAGCCCCCCAAUACCCACCUGUCACUGUACAAAAUCCACUCAUAUAUGUAUCUCAAUAAAUAUGCUUUUGUACUA